AUGUCAUCAGGUGACGAUGACUCCGUAUCCAUGGAGUCGUCCUCGUCCGAAGGCACCACCACCGCCAGCACGACAACAAGCGCGACGACAACAGCCACAGCCACGGGUGCACACGACAGCGACGGCACAACGUCUCUUGAUCCCGCACGAGACCACCGGCUGUCGGUAUCGUCCAUACGCUUCUCAGACAAUGACGACGACAGCGACGGUGCUGAUGACGAUGACGAUGAUGGCCGCGAUGCGGGUGAUGAUGGUGAUCACGCUCAUGGCGAGGAACAUGGCGAAGAAGGUAAAGGCGAAGAAGACACACCUCGUGCGAGUGCAGGGGAUGCACAGCACCCGCUUUCAACGACGCUUGCCAGCUGGCUGGAGGAGAAGGAUCCCAAAGAUCGCCAGCAUCUACUUGACUGCAACGGUGUUGAUGUCAAGCAGAACCCAGAUACCGUGCAGGAGAUGGAGUGCUUCUUCACAACUUUUCUCGCUGUGCGAGACGUCACAUCUGUGUUCACCCAGCUGACCACUCUCAAGAUCCUCAUCGCGCCGCAACUGACCCAUAUUCGCGGCAUUGAGGCAUGCCCGAACCUGACCGAACUCUGGAUCUGCGAGGGCAACGUUGAAGACAUCUCGCCACUCGCUACACUGACGAAACUUGAGAAGUUGUACAUGUAUUCAAACGUCAUCGCGUCCCUUGUCCCGCUUGGCGGUUGCCAGGAACUUGCACAUAUUGACGUGGAGCACAACCACAUAUCAGACAUUUCCGUGCUCGCCCAACUGCCAAAGCUGUCGUUCAUCAACGCUGCGCACAAUGCGUUGACGCAGCUCCCCUCUUCGUUUGCCACCACCACCGCCCUUCACUCCCUCAACAUUGCUGGCAACAACAUUGCCGACUUCUCCGUGAGUCCCAUCCCAUAUUCCAGCGUGGGUGUGGAUGUGGAUGUGGAUGCGCUGUUGGCGCUGCGAGCUGUCAAGUCCUUGAGGCGCCUCUGGCUGCAGGGCGAAGACUACAACCAGAACCCCGUGUGCCGUCUUUCAAACUACCACGCGUGGAUUGCGUUUCUUCUACCGUCGCUCGAGCUGCUGGACGACUUCAAACCGCCGCCGCCAAAAGCACGAGAUUCUCUCAGUCUGGCCCUGGACGCAAAAGUCGUCCACACGUUUGCGCUUCGUCACAGUCUCCUUGCUGCUGCCUGGCUCUGGGCACACGACUACAUGAAGUCCAUCUACACGAUGCGCAACCACUUUAUCAAGGACAUUCAAGUCCGCAUGGCUGCCGUGAAGGCCGCAUUCGAGAAGAAUGGGGAAGACACUGCCCUUCAGGCGUACAUUGACCACUUGAAGGCACAGGGCACGCAGAACGACCAAUUCUUUGAGGAGAAGACGGGUGCGCUGCCCACGAGCCACGACCUGUACCGGUGGCGCCGCAGCAUGGUGGAAUCGUUUCUGCGUCUCGUCGACACGGGAUACAUUGCCAUCCACGACUCACAGCUGCACCCUGUUGACAUCUCUGUUGUCGGUCAGCCGGCACCACAUCCGCGCGGCAACACGAAACCAUGGUCAGCUGCUGCUCAGCGUGACGUUCGCUCGUUCUUCGAUGCCGCCAAAUUCAAAAGCUACGGCGUCGUCGCUUGCAGGGUGCACCACGUUCUACAGGUUGAGAACACGCACCUGAUGGAUGAGCACAAGAAUGCAAUCAAAAAGUUCAUGAUGCGAGCACAGGAAGAGGAGCAGUUUGGGUCUGUUUACUACAACGACAACGACAACGCCAACGCCACGACGACGACGGCAGCCAACUUGCCGAGCCACGCUCGCCGUGGGCGCAUUUCGUUUGGCGACGUCACGACGAAACAGGGACGCAACGGCAAGACAACAACAACAGUUGGCACGCUGUCGGCCGUGAGCCCGAGCCUUGCACGCGAACUGCUUGAGAGUGACGCUGCGUACGAAUAUCUGUUGCUGGAUGUCGGUGGUGCUGAUGCGGUGGAGGUCGACGCAGCCAUCACACACAUGUGCAGCAACCCAUCAGGCGGGACUGUGCCGUAUUGCCUGACGAACCGGCUGCACACGAUGAAGCAUGUGACACAGCACCUGUCAGCGGACCACAGCUGGCCACCGUCACACUUCACCCGCGUCCUCGUGGUGCGCGCAUAUGUGCCCGGGGUGAUGUGGGCAAACGCGCGCGAAGGAACAAUGACAUGCAAGCAAGCGCUGGAGACAGCUCGGCGGAGAAGACCAAAGUUGGAACCUGAACAGCAACAGCAACAGCAGCAGUGGGACAGGAAGUCGAGUGGAUUGACAUCGGGGAGAGGUAAGACAUCGCUGGCGUCAUCUGUUGCAACAUUGCAAUCCCGCGCCCCAACUCGCGCUGCCACAUCAUCAUCAUCAUCAUCGGUGACCAGCGGCAGGCGACGGGUUGGUGGGUAUGGGCCGCGCUCCAAGCGGCCACCACGGCGGCCACGGCGCGUGACAGAGUGCACAGGUGAGGACGAGGCAGAUGCUGCCGACGCAGAUGGUGAUGAUGAUGAUGAUGAUGAUGAUGAUGAUGAUGGUGAUGAUGAUGAUGAUGAGGAUGAUGAUGAGAACGGUGGUGAUGGAGAUAAGCAAACAACAGCAGGUGCUGAUGUGAGCCAAGGUGACUGUAGCGGUGGUGGUGGCGGCGAUGGUGAUGGCUCCAAGGCAAGUGAGCAGGGUGGGCGUGGCUCGUCGUCAUCGAACAAAGGUGACAAGAGCGGGCGAAGCUGCGCCGAUGCUGCUGAUGCGCGCACAUCUGUGGACAGCAUCGGCCCCAUGAAUGACGAUGAAGAUGAAGAAGGGGCGGAGGUGCACUACAUUGUGCCAAAGGGCGCAGACAUGUGGUUUGUGCCCAUGUAUGUCAUGGAUGUUGAGCUGUGCAAGAACUCCCUCAAACUCAAGCCCCCAUCCACAUCAGCCCCAUCGACCUCGUCGUCAUCAUCAUCGUCGGAGAAUGCGCAGAGCGGCACCAGCAAGCCUGCGAUGCACGUGCCUGAUGCGGUGCACAGCGAGUGGUCACGUCGGAAGAAGUUGGCUGGUGCCAUCGCAGGAGCCCUCAGCUCAUCCAUCCUCCCGACGUUGGACGCCGACACGCGGGUGUUUGGUGGCAUUGACUUUGCGAGCGUGACGCGCGUGUGUCUGAGCGGCCUUGCGUUGCAAUCUGUCACGGAACUCAAGGCACUGCCCAACUUGAAGCACUUGAAUGUUGGCUACAACUACUUGACGUCGCUGGCGUGGAUCGAUUCGCUGCCCACACUCGAAUCACUGGAUGUGCAUCACAACCGGAUUUCGUCCACGGACAUGACGGCGGCGCCUCGUCUGCGCUUCCUCGAUCUCGGAGCGAACAGCAUCACCCGCGCACUCGCCCUCACCACGCUGCCAGCAGCCUGCCCUGCCCUCCAGUGCAUGUUUCUCAACGACAACCCCUUACUCGAGUCCGAUGCCGUUGGUGUUUUGCACAAGUUGGCGUCGAAGUUUGCUGACAUGCGGCUCAUCACACUCGAGUGGUCUGUUGUGUACCGCUCGUCGGCACUGCACGAGACGCCGCUGCCGCCGACUUUGAACGUGCGCGUGUCCCCCUUCUUCCAGGGCGAGCGCAGACACAUGUGCGCUGUGUGGACAGCACCGUCAACAGCAGCCAACGCCACCUCGCUGCUCUCAACAGCGGCUGCAACCACCGGUGACACCACCACGGCACCCCAGCCCCCACCGUGCAUCCACGGCACGACGAGCGUGUCGUACAGCGGUGCGCAGCCCUGGGAGGCGUAUCGCACGUGCCAGGAGCUCCUCCUGUGCGCAGAGAGCAAUGACGCGGGCGUCUUGCAUCAUGUAGCGCCACAGGGGGUCACGGCUCUCCGACGCGCGUCGUGCAUGAACGAUGCCGGGUUUUCCAACCUCGGAGCCUAUGCCCACAGCGUGGCGGUGCCCGAAGUUGUCAAGGGCGUGCUGGUGCGCACGGCAGCAACGAGCACACAGCACGUGGUGCAGGAUGGUGUGGCUGACUUUGCACGGGAAAGGGGGUUCGCACAAGUGGAAUGGAUUGCACUGCACACGUGCCGCGUGUCCACCUUCAAGCUGCCCCGCUCCUGGCACGACACGCUCACCUCCCUCUCGCUCGUGGACAACGCACUGUCCUCGCUCAAGUUUGUCCGCUCGCUACCGUCCCUGCGGUUCCUCGACGUGGGGCACAACGAGAUUCAGGCGCUGGAUGACGUGGCGACCCUGCCACACCUCUCCACGCUGAUGCUCUCCUUCAACUUUGUGCACGACCUUCGCCCGCUGCGAGACAUGCUGUCGCUCACCACUCUCUACAUCGACCACAACUGCAUUUCGAACCCGCGCGAAAUCUUCCACCUGCGUGAGCUGGAAGCGCUGCGCGUGCUCAAUGUGGCUGCCAACGCGUUUUGUCGCAAGCGGAAGGUUGUUCCGUUUGUCCUGUACUACCUGUCUGGGCGCCUGACGAUGCUCAACGACCGCCUCGUGACAAAGAGCGACCUUGACCUGGCCAGGCGCCUGUUUGACGGCGUGCUGACUAUUGACAUGAUCGCCGACAACGUCGGGGAGGACCAGUGCGAGUUUGUGCGCACGCUGGAUCUGCCGCACUGCGCAUUGCGUGAGGCGCGGCUCUCGGAUGAAAUGCGUUUUGAGCACCUGUACUCGCUCAACUUGGAGGACAACAACAUGACGACGCUGGAGCCGCUGGCCGGACUCAAAUUCCUGCGCGUCCUCUGUCUCAACAGCAACCGCAUCCGCAAGUUUGCUGCCAACCACCGCCCGCGCUCCGCCGACCCGCACGCCACAACGCCGGCCAUGGCAUUGCCUGCAGGCAACAGCAGCACGCGAAGUGGGCGUGGGAGCGGCGGCAGCGGCAGCAGCAGCGGUGGGAAUGGAUCACGAAAGGAGCGAACGAGUGCGUUGCGAGGGCAGCUGCUGAGCCGAAGCACCAGCAGCAUUCCAAACAGCACCAGCAGCGGCAGCAGUGCGUCCACAACAGCGGCAGCAGGUGGGGGCAGGCGGACCGGUUCUCCAUCAACAGCGCGGCGCUUGGCACUAGCAUCAUCGCGUGAUGACGUCACUGGCCCCGCCGCCAAGUACUCCUCCAAUGGAGCGAGUAGUAGCGGGGGUGGUGGCGGUGUGCUGACGCGUGGACGGGGUGUGUCGAGCACGGAUGGUGCGCGGUGUUCGUCGCCGCUUGGCCGGAGCGCGGGCGCAUCGCGUGGUGUGCGGACGCCACCGCCUGCAAGGAGGACGCAGAGCCCACUUCCGAAUCGGGCAAGGGGCGGGGCUCUGAGGCACCGCGGCAACAGUGUUGCCGGGGCAGCCUCCUCCUCCUCCUCAUCAUCAACAGCAGCAGCAAGUGCGGCGGCGUCGUCGGCCACGUCGCUUCGGCGUGGCAUGUGGGUCAACUCCCAGCGCCCUGCUGGCUCGCACACGCUUGAGCGCUCGUCCCGAUCGACGUCUGUGGUUGAGGACGCAGCAAGCGCGGACCCCGUGUUCCCCUCACUUGAGGUGCUCAUGCUGGCCAACAACGGCAUCCACAAGCUUGAGCCGCUGCAGCUGCACCGCAUGCCGAAACUGCACACGCUCUUCCUGCAGAGCAACGACAUCUCCAGCACCGUUGGCAUUUCAAAUUUGGCGGCACUCAACGCCCUCAUUCUGGACCACAACCGCAUCAAGACCAUCGCGAAGGACACGCUCAGCACAUGCCCAAAGCUGCGUGAUUUGCAUAUGAACGCCAACCGACUGCUUGAAGUGGAUAACUUGUCCGGAAAUCCGCACCUCCAGCGCGUCUAUCUCCAAUCCAACCGCUUCUCUGCUCUUGAAGACCUAUCUGGCCUUCGACAGAGCAAGCGGUUGAAGGAGCUGGUUGUUGCUGAGAAUCCGUUUGCGCGCCGGCGGGACUCGCGACUUGAAAUCAUCCACUACCUCCCACAGCAAAAGAAAGCAGUCGUGCAGGCCUCCUCAAAGCCAAAGUAA